AUGAUCUUAGAAAAAUUAUUCUCUCAAAGAUAUCGAAAGACUGAACCAUCAUCAAUUUUUGUAUUAAGACUUUUCGUGUUACUACUACUUUUAGUCUCUUUGAUUGGAUAUACUUGGUUAAUAAUUUGGGGCAUUUAUAAUGAUGGUCCGGUCGUUCUGCAAUCCUUGACUGAGGAAGAUGCUUUUCCUGUUCCUAAUGUCAUUUACGAUUGCACACAGUUUGUAAUACAACCACAAAUUUCUUCUAUUUUUGGUACUUCUCCUAGCAGAGUAACGAUAUACGAAUCUAUGGGAUCUUUUUCAAGUGAUUUGUUGUUUUCUAAAAUACCUGAUAAUGGAUUAAGUUCAUUGGAACUUAAUUUUUAUACAAAAGAUCCUAACUCUGAUCCAAGUCAAUCAAACAUCAAAUUUAAGAUAUUAGACAGCGAUUAUUUAAUUCAAUCGACAUUCAAAAUCUCUAUGUCUUAUAGAUUUAAAUUAAUAAGAAGAAGAAAAGACAUUAUGAUUCCAAGUUGGGAAAAUUAUAUAGGAUUGUCGUCUAACCUUGUGAAAAUACCAUAUUUCACAUCAUCAAAAGAAAUAUUUCCCUUUCAAAACGACACACCAACAUCAAUUCUAAAAAUAAUAAUUGAACAACCAACUUACACUGUUCAAGUUGAGACUGAUAAAAGAAACAAAACUGUUUUGUCUUCUCUUGGUUUAAUUGGAGGUUCAUUCGGAUUCGCUGCAUCCAUUUAUGCGUUGCUUUUUGGCACCAUUUCUAUUAAACCAUGGGGAUUAAUUCAGAAAUAUGGUUUCAGAAUAAAUCGUUCAGUACAAACCAAAUUGAAGGACACUCUUGAAUAUAUUCCAUUAGUUUAUCGUCCAGAAUCCAUUUCUUUAAAUAACUAUGAAUUGAAAAAAAGAUAUGAUUCAUUGCAAUUUUUUUUAACAGAGUAUGUUGUUGAUGUAGAACGUUUUGAAAAGCUUUAUAAUUCUAACGUAAAUAACUAUAAAAAAGACAUAGAUUAA